AUCCGACAUCGCGCGCGACGCGAGCCAAGCGGUCCAUUCAUGUGCAGCGAAUGCUUACGAAGUUUUGAGGAGUUUCAUUUUUCUCGGUAUCGUUUCUGGCUACACACUACGGAAAAAGUGUCUGAAUAUCGUUCACCAUGCCAUUAGAAGACGAAGGCAGCUUGUUGGUCACAAUCAUCGACACAAAUCCUUGCGCCAGUUUACUUCAAAAUGAAGAGGGCAUAGUAUCCAGGUUUCUCGAUGCGGCCACAGUGUUUUGCAACUCGCAUCUGAUGCUCAAUCCAUGCAACCGGUUGGCGGUCAUUGCCUGCCAUUCACACAAAAGCUCCUUUCUCUACCCAAAAGCACUGCCCUCUACCCAAGAUACUGUCUCAGUGGACGGCCAGUACGAACUCUUCAGCGAAGUUACAAAUGCCAUCAAGGAAGGCGUGAAGGAACUAGUCUCAUCAGAUAAGAGCGAAUCCCAAGUUUCAGAGACCCUGCUGACAGGAGGACUCAGCCUUGCACUUUGUUACAUUAACAGGAUAGAGAAGGAGACGGCAGGUCAGAAAAAAAUAGCAUCUCGGAUACUGGUGCUCUCUGCAUCGGGUGAAAGUGCUUCUCAGUACCUCAACUUCAUGAAUGUUUUCUUUACUGCUCAGAAGAAGAAUGUCAUCAUAGAUGCCUGUGUCCUUGAAAAGGACUCUGGCUUGCUUCAGCAGGGCUGUGAUAUCACGGGCGGGAAGUACAUGAAGGUGCCAAACCACACAGGUCUCUUACAGUACUUACUCUGGUUGUUCCUUCCGGACAAGUCAACCAGGGACUACUUGGUCUUCCCACCACCUGUUCACGUGGACUACCGGGCAGCCUGCUUCUGUCACAGGAAUCUUAUCGAGAUUGGCUACGUAUGUUCUGUGUGCCUUUCCAUAUUCUGUGCAUUCAGUCCCAUCUGCUCUACAUGUCAGACUGCUUUCAAGUUCACCGGGCCUUUACCAUCACUGCUUAAAGGCAAGAAGAAAAAGCAAAAACUCGGGAUCUAGGUUUCCCCGCCAAAUGCAGAGGAAUCCUUUUGGAACAGCAGCAGAACCAUCAGCACCGUCGCUUACAUUAAGCAUCUUGCUUCAUAAAGCUAAAUUUUCACAAAAGAGCAGUUUAUUUGGUCCUCCUU